CGGGCAUCCGCCGGCGGGCUCGUGGCCGGGCCGGGGCGAUGAGCGGGGUCGGUGCGCGGGGGCUGCGGGUGGACGGGCUACCCCCACUGCCCAAGAGCCUGAGCGGGCUGCUGCACUCGGCGUCGGGCGGCGGCGCGGCGGGCGGCUGGCGGCACCUGGAGCGGCUGUACGCGCAGAAGUCACGCAUCCAGGACGAGCUGAGCCGCGGGGGCGCCGGCGCCGGCGGGGCCCGGAGCGCGGCGCUGCCAGCCAAACCUCCAAACCUGGACGCCGCGCUGGCCCUGCUGCGCAAGGAGAUGGUUGGUCUCCGACAGCUGGACAUGUCCUUGCUCUGCCAGCUGUACAGCCUCUACGAGUCCAUUCAGGAGUACAAGGGGGCGUGCCAGGCCGCGUCCAGCCCGGACGGCACUUACGCUCUGGAGAACGGCUUCUUCGACGAGGAGGAGGAAUACUUCCAGGAGCAGGAUGCCCUCCGUGAUGGGAGGGAACAAGGCCCUGCGAGGGAUCUGUCACUGCCCGCCCCGCCCCUCUCCGGCAGCGACUGGAUUCUGGAGUCCAUCUAGACGGUCUCUGGAGGAAGGAGACUGUUACUGCCGGACACACGGUCAGCAUUUGCUUCACCUCUGCUCCCUGGGGGUGGCCCCCCGGGCAUGUGGGACCAGUGCUGCCUGUUUAAUUUGUAGGCAGGGAGAGCUGCACAGACACCUGGUGGCAGCCUGUUUGGGUGGCCGAGUUUCUGCUGAGGUGCACCGCAGUAUCCCGACACCUGGUACCGAGGCCCUCCUACGAUGGUUCAUAGCGACAAUAUGACAAGAGGAUCCUGGGGAAGGUCCGUGCAGGAAUUUCCCACGAGACGACGUCUAGCUCGUUCCUUCCCGACAGAUGGGAGACGGAUCUCCACCGUCCUUGUAGGGUUUGCCUCCGGCUGCAGUGUGUCAAAGCUAACAUUUCACGGCUCCCUUCCUUAGUACCUACCUUCUGCAGCUUGCUUGCUUUUUCAUGGGCUUUGCAGCCUCUCCGUUGAGCUUUAUUUAUUUGUAAGCAGCAUUACCAACUGUCCGGGCGACUCCGUGAAAGCUCUGCACUGCAAAAGCAAAUGUUUCAGGUCACACCGAUCAACUGCCUUCUCUUAGCCGGUCCAAACGCCGUGUGUCGUUGCUUGCCCAGCAGAUACAGGAGGAAGGAAGAGCACGCGAAGAUACGUCCAGUGGGACAGAGGCUGGGCCAGCUCACGUGUUGUAUCAUUCACUGGACGGUGGCAAACGCCUUUGUUUUUAAAGAUUCUGAAUGUAAACUAGUAUGUUAGAAAGUGGAUCCCCCACCUUCACGCAAAACAGUGAUCACCUUAAGCCUUAAUAUAUUUAUUAAAAUCCUUUAUGAACACUUUAUACUUUGUAGGUUAAACAUGAGGAUAAAAUGCUAAACUCCUUGUCUGUGGUUGUGUGUUAUUUUGGUCUGAAUUCAGAAUCAUCAACGUUCAUAACUUGAAUGCAUUGAAU